GUCCCCACUAGACGCUACAAAAUCCUGGAACCGUACAUUAACAUAUUGACGAAAAAUUCAGAAAAGCAAACUAACAUAUUCGCGCUUGUUGAAAAAAUGUACAUUCAAGUAUUUUUGAUUCUUUUCUUCCUGUUUAUGCUCUCUGAGCAAUUAAAAUAUACUACUACUGUGCAAAGUCUGAUUCAAUGCAUUUUGUUUUAUGUUGCAUUCUGGAUUGGAGACCUCUGACGCGCGCACUUUUCAAGAGCUUCGAGCGUGGGGAUCGCACUAUUAGAUGGAAUCGUCUGGUGGAGGUCGCGGUGGUUUUCGUGGUUCGUUUGGAGCUAGAGGAAGGGGACGUGGACGAGGGCGUGGUCGUGGAAGAGGUCGUGGUCGUGGAGUUGCAACAAAAGAAUGGAAGCCUGUUACCCAGUUGGGACGUCUGGUAUUCGACAGGAAAAUCACUACAUUAGAAGAAAUUUACAUGUUCAGUCUCCCAAUUAAGGAGUGUGAAAUUGUAGAUACCAUAUUGGGUUCAAGUUUAAAAGAUGAAGUCCUCAAAAUCAUGCCAGUUCAAAAGCAGACUUGUGCUGGUCAGAGAACCCGUUUUAAAGCAAUUGUUGCAAUGGGUGACCAUAACUGUCACGUUGGGCUAGGAGUUAAAUGUGCUAAGGAGGUCGCUACAGCUAUUAGAGGUGCUAUUAUUCAGGCGAAGCUGUCAAUAAUUCCUGUAAGGAAAGGGUACUGGGGUAAUCAGAUUGGAAAACCACACACUGUUCCAUGUAAAGUGACUGGGAAAUGUGGUUCUGUGUCAGUACGUUUGAUCCCAGCCCCUCGUGGGACAGGUAUUGUCGGUGCUCCAGUUCCCAAAAAACUCCUUCAAAUGGCUGGUAUCGAUGAUGUGUACACAAGUGCUCGGGGUCAGACCUCAACUUUGGGAAAUUUUGCUAAAGCAACGUACGCAGCCAUACGAGCUACCUAUGAGUAUCUAACACCUGAUUUGUGGGACGUGGUUCCAAAAACAAAACACAUAUUUGUUGAAUAUGCUGGAUAUCUUAACAAAAUUGCUAAAGAAGUUUGAAUGAUAAUAUAUGUUGGUGGAUAUUAAUUUGUUCUGUUAAUGACUAUGUAUCUAACAGUUAAUUGGCUUCAUCAAAUCAUGGUGAAAUUCGUCUAUACAGUAGUUAUGUAGUCGUUCAUAAGAAGUGAACUACGAAGGAAACAUUGGUAUGUUUAACCACUAUAGUUUUGUACUGAUAGGAAUAAUAUAAUUAUUUGACGCAUAAACUCAUGUUUUUCACGUGUUUAUGAAAUUGCUUAGAUAGUCAUUUGUAGGAGAAAUAAAUCAAUCUAUAUAUUUUCAAAACAAGCUUACAAAUCAUUUUAGGUUGGCACCGUAGAUGACCAGUUCAUGUCUCUAAAUUCAGUUCAUGGGCUUACUUAUCAUUGUAGUUAAAAAGGUA